AUGAGUUCUGAGCUAAUUCACAGAAACCAAACCAGAGAUCAAUCUGAGAAUCAAAUCGAAGAUUCACCAUCUUCACCGCGACUCGAGAAUUCGCAUCCGAAAACAAGAAACAUGCUGAACCGAGCUCCGUUUCUCUUCAUUGGCAUCGCAAUUGCCACUCUCUUCUUCCACUAUCUCCCUUCUCGAUCCACUCUUCCUCAAAAUCUUAACCUCGACGAUUCCUCGUUGAUCGAAACCGAUUUGGCUCUUCCCACUCGGCGAGUUCUGUUAGAGGAACGCCAAGAGAGGAGACAAAGAGUGCCGUUGUCCGUUGGAUUGAAAAGCAAGAAAAACAAGAGAGUACUUGUAACCGGUGGCGCCGGUUUCGUUGGAAGCCAUCUUGUGGACCGUUUGAUUGAAAGAGGAGACAACGUGAUCGUGAUUGAUAACUACUUUACCGGAAGAAAAGAGAAUGUUAUUCAUCAUAUUGGUAAUCCGAAUUUUGAACUCAUUCGACACGACGUCGUUGAGCCGAUUCUUCUAGAAGUUGAUCAGAUCUAUCACUUGGCUUGCCCUGCUUCCCCUGUUCACUACAAAUUCAAUCCCACAAAUGUGGUGGGGACACUAAACAUGUUGGGGUUGGCAAAGAGAGUGGGUGCACGAUUUUUGUUGACAAGUACGAGUGAGGUGUAUGGUGAUCCAUUACAACAUCCUCAAGCUGAGACUUAUUGGGGCAAUGUUAAUCCAAUUGGUGUGAGAAGUUGUUAUGAUGAGGGAAAGCGUGUUGCGGAGACUUUGGCUAUGGAUUACCAUAGAGGCGCUGGCAUUGAGGUGAGGAUUGCUAGAAUUUUCAACACAUAUGGACCUAGAAUGUGCCUUGAUGAUGGCCGUGUGGUCAGUAACUUCGUUGCUCAGGCAUUGAGGAAGGAUCCAUUGACUGUUUAUGGUGAUGGGAAACAGACAAGAAGCUUUCAAUAUGUUUCAGAUUUGGUAGAGGGCUUGAUGCGGCUAAUGGAAGGUGAACAUGUUGGGCCUUUCAAUCUUGGCAACCCUGGUGAAUUCACCAUGCUUGAACUUGCUCAGGUGGUACAAGAGACUAUAGAUCCAAAUGCAAAGAUAGAGUUCAGACCAAACACAGAGGAUGAUCCUCAUAAGAGAAAACCAGACAUCUCCAAAGCAAAAGAGCUUCUUGGAUGGCAACCAUCUGUUUCCCUCCGUCAAGGACUUCCUCUAAUGGUCAGUGAUUUCAGGCUAAGAUUAUUUGGUGACUCAAAGAUUAAUGGGGACAAAGGUGCAUCUGCAGAAUAG